AUUGGCCAAUCGCAUUUCUCCUCCAUUUGCUUGGGAUCAAGUCGCGUAAACUGACGUUGCUGCUUCAACUUGCGUGGCCACGAGAAUCCCAAAUAACUUCCAAAUGUCUACGUUGACGCAAGUGCAGAGCAACAAAAUUUUCGGAGGAUGGCAGAAAGUGUGUUCGCAUGACAGCACAGAAUUGGGAUGCAAAAUGAAAUUUGCCAUCUUCUUGCCACCCCAAGCCGAGGAGGGUUCUGUCCCAGUUGUCUAUUGGUUAUCCGGCCUCUCAUGUACGGAGGCGAAUUUUACUGAAAAAGCUGGAGCUCAGAGGCACGCUGCACAGCACGGUGUACUGCUUGUUAUACCAGAUACUAGUCCAAGAGGACUGAGUAUUCCUGGAGAGGAUGACAGUUAUGAUUUUGGCAGUGGCGCAGGAUUCUAUGUGGACGCAACAUGUGAACCAUGGAAGGAGAAUUACAGAAUGUACAGUUACAUUACCAAAGAAUUGCCAGCUCUAAUCAAUAAAGAAUUCCCAGCUUUGCCAGAUAGGCAAUCUAUCAUGGGCCACAGUAUGGGAGGACACGGUGCUUUGAUAUGUGCUCUUAAGAAUCCUGGACAGUAUAAGGCAGUCUCGGCAUUUGCACCCAUAAGUAAUCCAAUGGAAUGUCCAUGGGGAAAGAAAGCUUUCUCAGGAUAUCUGGGAGAAGCGAAACAUGCAUGGAAAGAGUGGGAUGCCACGGAAUUGGCAAAAAAGUACAACGGCCCACCUCUAGAUAUUUUAAUCGAUCAGGGCAAGGAGGAUCAGUUCCUGAAACAAGGACAACUGUUACCGGAGAAUUUACUACACGCUGCAAAGGACAACGGCAUAGCGCUCGCUCUCAGAUUUCAAGAGGGCUACGAUCAUAGCUAUUAUUUUAUAGCUACAUUUAUCGAGGAUCAUAUUAAACAUCACAUGAAAUUUCUUAAAAGCUAAGACCCGCCUGAUGUUACUGUUACUUUAUGAAACAAUAAGAUUUUGAGAUUAACAAUCUACAUAUUUUUUACAGAAACAAAUUAAAAAAUUAAAGAAUUGAAACUUUUCUAAAGUCAAGUUGAAGUUGUAUAACU